AUGGGGAAGACAAGCAAAUGGCUUAGAAACUUGUUGACAGGUAAGAAGGACAAAGAAAAGUUGAAGGAAAAAUCUACAAUCGACCUGAAUUUUUCUUCGAAUGGAACAGAAAACUCAGCCACUCCAACUUCCACAACCCCAAAGGAGAAAAAGAGAUGGAGUUUUAGAAGAUCAUCAGCCCCUACCGCAGCCACACCGACAGCAACUUCCAAGGAAUUGAAUUUUGUAGAACCAAAUGUCAGUGAUUCACAGACGGUGCAAGCUGACACUGAUUUUCAGAACGAGCAAAGGAAGCAUGCCAUGGCUGUGGCUGCUGCGACUGCAGCAGCAGCUGAUGCUGCAGUGGCUGCUGCUCAGGCCGUAGCUGCUGUGAUCCGUUUGACUACUACUUCCAAUGCAGCGCCUAAAAGCAUUGAAGAAGCUGCAGCCAUUAAAAUCCAAUCAGUCUUUCGGUCUCACUUGGCAAGGAAAGCAUUGUGCGCUCUAAGAGGACUAGUGAAGUUGCAGGCACUGGUAAGGGGUCACUUGGUGAGAAAACAGGCCAAGGAAACACUGAGAUGCAUGCAGGCUUUGGUGACGGCACAAGCUAGAGCUCGUCUUCAGAGGAUCCGAAUGGGUUCAGAAGGAAUUCCUACUCAACAACAAACAAAAGCCACAGAGGAUGAUUUUUUCAGGCAUAUAUACAAUGACAUGGAGAGAGGCUUGGAAGACAACAUCAAGAUAGUUGAGAUGGACGUUGGUGAAACAAAAUAUAACUCCAGAAGCAGAAGCAGCAGUGUAUAUCAUCUUGGACAUGAAGAACAAUCUAACCAUAGAUUUUCCACAAAUUAUUCAACAAAUGAUUCUUACUCAAAGGAAGAAAACUACAAGGUAUCACCCCCUCCAUCAGCAUUGACAGAGUUGAGUCCAAGAGCCUGCAGUGGACAUUUUGAGGACUGUUUGAGCACAGCACAAAGCAGCCCUCAGUUCUACUCUGCUGUGUCAAGAACAGACAAUUCAAAGCACCCUUUUUCUUUCCAUAGGCCAGCUUAUGCAGAAUCUAUGUGCUAUGACCACCCUUUGUUUCCAAAUUACAUGGCUAACACUGAAUCAUCAAGGGCCAAAGUCAGAUCACAUAGUGCACCGAAACAAAGACCAGAUUCAUUUGAGAGGCAACCGAGCCGGCGAAGAGCUUCAGUUGAGGGAAGAAAUGUCCCAAGGCCAAUGAGGAUGCAAAGGUCAUCGUCACAUGUGGGUGCUACUGCAAAAAACUAUCAAUAUCCUUGGUCAAUCAAGCUUGAUAGAUCUGCAGUUUCACUCAAAGACAGCGAGUGUGGCUCUACAAGUACAGUGCUCACUAACACUAAUUAUUGCAGAUCUCUUGUUGCAUUUGACCCACGUGGAGAUAGGUACUGA